AUGGCCGUCAAUAUCGUCUGUCUUCCCGACCCGGUACCUACGCAAACAAGGACAGCCUCAGCGGCCUCGCUCUCGCUCACUGGCGGCGACCUGCCCGCUGACGUUGUUCUUGAGAUUCUCAAGAAUCUCUCAGACACAGAUGCAGUCCAGCUGGCGGCAGUAUCGAAGGCAUUCUACGCCGCUUUUCCCCCACGUCCUACGGAUGUCACCUGCAGAUCUCUCGCAAAAGCGACCUCGUUACAGGAGCGUCUCACCCGGACCACAGGUGCCGCCCUUCGUCUGGUUUCGCUCGACGUCAGAUGCCCAGGCCCCACGUCCAAAAUCUCGCUGGCACUCUGCGGCAUUCUUCUGGAGGCCCGGAACCUCCGUGAUUUGACCUGCGGCUCUGAAGAGCUCAAGUCCGAGAAAGUCAGGGACACGAUACAGCACUUGUCACACCUCGCACACCUGAAAUUAUGCCUACCGCCCAUCAGUGCGCUGACCACGAUGAAAUAUCCUCCCUCGCUCUCCUCCCUGUCCCUGGUGGGGUUCAGGCGAGGGAUCACCUGGAAAGAGCUAGCUCUUUCUCUGUCUGCGCUCACCAACCUGAGUAAACUCUCAUUGCUCAACUUCAUGUUCGACGAGCCAGACCUGGAUGACGAUGACAUGGACGAGAACGAGAACGACACCGACGAUGAGGCCGCCGGCGAUACUCCCACUCUCGCCACGGUCACCUCGCUGGAAGCGUCCUCAUCCGACUUGCCACGCCUCGCAUUCUUCGCAAAGACGUUCCCGAACGUCAACGACCUCGUUCUAGAGGAGACCCACUUUCCCGAAGACGAGGAAGCGGAAACCGAUGUUGCGGACCGGGUCAUUCACAAGAUAUCCUUCCUCGUCUCCGAAGACAGCGACUAUGCGGUUCCGUGGCAGGCGAACCACGUUGCGCUCUUCGCCUUCAACGUCGAGCACGUCAGCCUGGACUUCGGGCUCUGCGCGAUGGAUGGGCUAAUCGGGCUCACUCUCCGAGUCCUCGCGUUCUCAUGGGAUAGCUGGACGGAGCGUAUCAGUAGCUCCAUCCCGCAGACGGUGCGCUUGUUGGAGCUGGAGAGUUUCGACGCCGACUUCCCCACGACGCUAGAAUUCUUCGCGAAUGUAUUUGAAGAAUAUAGUCCGGAGGCAGAGGGAAAGCUUUCGGCCCUGACAGUCCUGUCGAUCGCAGCCCCUUUGUUCCCGCGCCCCUUGGACGAGCUGCGUGCACGGUUCUUUGAACACGCCGCCCUUGCUCUACCGAAACUUCGCUAUGUUGCGCUUGCCAGCCGGCCGCGGCUCCCUCGCGAUUUCAGCGACCUCGCAGGCGACCGCGCGCCGUGGCGGUGGUGGCGUAUCAUCAGGAACGGGCAGGAUGUCGAAUUCAGGGAGAUUCCCGCAUGGGAGGGCGAACGAGUCCGGAAAUACUUCCGUAACGCGGACAGAGACAAGGCCACAAGAUUCGACGAAGAAUUCAACGCGCUCCGCUAA